AUGUGCGGUGGUCGACUGUGGAAGGAAAGACUCACGAGUCGCGACGUGUGCGCCGACGGCGCAAGGAGAGAACAUGAGCUAAGGUCUUGCUUAGCUGCCAUGGAUCAAUGUGCAUUUACUGAUAAGUCAAACCUGUUAGAUGAUUUUGAUAUGGAGUCCCUGUUAGAUGAUUUUGAUAUGGAGUCCCUGGCUAAGGGCAAAGGUCUUAAGCAAUCUACAUUUACUAAUAAGUCAAACCUGUUAGAUGAUUUUGAUAUUGAGUCCCUGUUAGAUGAUUUUGAUAUGGAGUCCCUGGGUUCAAAGUACAGGGGUUGUUACUAUAAUUAUCAACCAACUGCAGAGAUAAGAAAUGCUAUAGAUUUCAAUACUGACAAGUCAAACCAGUUUGAUGAUUGUGAUAAUAUGGAGCAGCAAACAGACAAAUCAUCUGCAUUUGCAUUGGACACUAGCAUGCCCCUGUUAGCUAAUUUUGAUAAGACCAUAGAGCAGCAAUUAGAACAACAAAUUCAAAAUACAGGGGUUAUUUCUGAUAAUUACCAACCGACUGCAAAGAUAAGAAAUGCUACAGAUUUUCAAAAACUAUGCAUACCAAUUAUUCGUGUAAAGAAGAUUGUAAAGAAGAUAAUGAAGCCGGAUAAGAAUGUUAUGUUCUCAGAUGAUGCACUGGUGCUUUUAGCCAAGGCAUGUGAACUGUUUUCUUUAGAGCUGACACAUAGAUCAUGGAUGCACACAGAAAAGGCAAAGAGAAAAACUCUACAGAAAAAAGAUAUUACUGUCACUAUAAACAGAAGCAAAAUAUAUGAAUUUUUACUUAAUUCUACAUCCAUGGAUGUAGAUACGGCAAGUCCUGAAAACCCAAGUGAAACUACCCAAGUACUAGUACCUGCUGCUCUUGCUUCUGUUCCUGUUCUUGUUCCUGUUCCACUCCCUCCUGUUAGACCACCUCCUGUUAGACCUCCACAAGUAUUGGUAUCUGUUGGAAUGUAUACUUAUCAAACUCUUGUUCCACCCCUUCCCCCUCAAGUACUAGUACCUGCUGUUCCUGUUCCACCCCCUCCUGUUCAACCAUCUCCCCCUCAAGUACCAGUAACAGUACCUGCUGCUCAUGUUCCACCCCCUCCUGUUCGACCCCCUCAAGUAUCAGUACAUGUUGAAAUAUAUACUUAUCAAGCUCCUGUUCCACCCUCUUCCCCUCAUCAACCAGUACCUACUGGAAUAUAUGCUCCUGUUCCACCCCCUCCCCCUUAUCUACCAAUACGUGCUGGAAUAUAUGAUCAUGUUCCACCCCCUCCCCCUCGAAUACUAGUACCUGCUGGAAUGUAUGCUUAUCAAACUCUUGUUUCACCCCCUCCUCCUCAAGUAUCAGUAUCUACCGGAUUGUAUGGAAUCUAUGCUUAA